UAAGCGCGGGAAAGCCAGUCAGCUGUAAUAUUUUCCAUAUAGAAGGCAAGGCAAUCAUUUUGACAAUAAAAUUUCCGCCAAAGAACAACGUUUGCAACAAGCAAUAAAACAAAAGAAAAAAAAAGAAAUAAACAACUUAAAUAAUAACGGAAAACAAACAAACAAAUACGUCAGACUAUUGGUGCAACGAAUUCCACUUGCAAUCAAACAAUUUCGCAACAAAAGUAGAAAGCCCGCCGCAAAUCGCGACGCUGCCGCUGCCGCCGCCGCUCUGUGUCAUCUCAGCAGACGCAUUCAAAGAAGUUUUGACAUUUCGAUCUCCUCUAAAGGUACAGUCGGUGCAGUAACAGCAGUGUCAUGGCCAAGGUGCACAUCACCAAUGUGGUCGUGUUGGAUAAUCCCAGCAGCUUUUUUAAUCCAUUUCAAUUCGAGUUGACUUUCGAGUGCAUUGAGGAGCUGAAGGAGGAUCUGGAAUGGAAAAUGAUCUAUGUGGGUUCGGCCGAAUCGGAGGAGCAUGAUCAAGUGUUGGACACCAUUUACGUUGGACCGGUGCCCGAGGGUCGUCACAUAUUCGUUUUCCAGGCCGAUCCACCAGAUGUGAGCAAAAUCCCAGAACCGGAUGCCGUCGGUGUGACAAUCAUACUGCUGACAUGCUCAUACCGUGGCCAGGAAUUUGUUCGUGUUGGCUACUAUGUGAACAAUGACUAUGCCGAUCAGGAGCUGCGCGAAAAUCCCCCGCCGAAGCCAUUGUUUGACAAGCUAACGCGCAACAUUUUGGCCAGUAAGCCUCGUGUGACCCGCUUCAAGAUCAAUUGGGAUUACGGCAACACCAACGGCCACAACGAGGACAAUCAAAUGAUGGACGACGAUGGUCCAUCCACAUCGAAUAAGCAUGCUGGACAGGAUUCAAAUCUACCCGAUGAUGACAAUAGCCUGGCAAUGCCCAUGGAGAAUGGCAUUAAGGCUCUGAAUGAGAACUCCAAUUCCCUGGCCAUGGAAUGUUGAGAGUGACCUCAUCAUCGACAGCGAACGAACUGUAAAAACUAAUGGGGGAUUCCCUGUGCCCUACUCAUCCGCUAAGAACUCCCUACUCUAUUCGCCUGAGCCGCCUCUCUCGCUCUAAUUCGCCACCCGCUUUCCCCUUUCGCUCCUUACAUCCCCCCACCACUAUCCUCUUAAUUAAGUAAUGUAAUUUAAAUACAAACAAAACAAGCAAAGAUAAAAUAUAUUAUAAAUUAAA